UUGAUUUUAAGAAAUUACGUUUGAAUAUCGUUCGUAACCGGUUUUGUGUAGAUUCAGUUAAUGACGACAUAUUGAUGAUUCUGAUAAUAGGGUCAAAUGUCGAUAAAUUGACAUACGGGAAGGAGUCACUCGUUUAUGAACGAACUUCAAUCAACAGCCAUUCGCGACAGCCUGCCAGUCGUUGUUUUUUUUUGCUAUAAUAAUUAAUUGCUUUGGUAGUAGGUAAGCAGCUAAGUACUACGCUGUACAGAUAUAAAACCUUGACCUCGAACUCUAAAUUGGCCGAUGUUUAGCGUCGGUGGAAAUCGUAGUUUAGCACAAUUAGUUCGACUAUCUGCCAGAAUGGGCUCCAGUAAAUCAUAUGAAGAUGCUGUAGAAAAGUUGAAUUCUCUGCAGUCAAAUAGAGCAACAUUGGAUCAAAUAAGGAAAAAUAUUAAGGCAGGACAUAGAUGUACAAAUUUAGAAGAUAUGGAGAACUACCUCAGAAGAACUGGUGUGUCACUAUCCAAACUGGAUGAACUGUCUGUGAUACAUGUAGCAGGGACUAAAGGUAAGGGUUCAACAUGCGCGAUGUGCCAAUCUAUAUUGCGUCAUCACGGGUUCCGCACAGGGUUCUACUCGUCGCCACACCUGGUCGUCGUCCGUGAAAGGAUACGAGUCGACGGUCGCGUCAUCAGCAAGGCGAAUUUCGCUGAACAUUUUCAUAGGGUUUAUGAUAUGUUGGAUGCAACUAAGGAAUAUGAGGGGGACAUGCCCGGAUACUUCGCGUUUCUAACAGUAAUGGCGUUCAACACGUUCCUCCAGGAGAAAGUGGACGUGGCGAUCAUAGAAGUGGGCAUCGGGGGCGUCGUUGACUACACCAAUAUAUUGAGGAAGGUGCCAGUGGUUGGUAUAACAGCUCUGGGAAUCGAUCACACCGCGCUAUUAGGGGAAACGCUCCCGCAGAUAGCGGCCGCUAAAGCUGGCAUCAUGAAGCCCGACUGCGAGGCGUACACGGUGCCACAGCCGCCAGAAGCUAUGCAAGUACUCCGGCAGGUCGCUACAGAUUUGAAGUGUCCACUCCACGUCGUUCCGGAUUACGACGCAUACAAAUUCCCAAACGGCACGAAAGCACACCUGCAAGUAAAUCUCGCAACUUACCAGAGCAACGCAUCGCUCGCCAUCCAACUGUCCAACGCGUGGAUGCGACUCAAACGACAGACCAAACAAAAUGUGUCAAGCAAAACGAAAACUGCACAGAGUAUUGAAAGUCCUCGACCUGAUACAGAGCAAAGCAAUGUCGAUAGUAACGGCCUGGUAUUAAACGUGCCGUAUAACUCGGCAGUUGGACUCCAGGAGUGCAGGUGGGCGGGCCGUUAUCAAACUGUGGAGUCGCGGUACGCUCGGUACCAUCUAGACGGCGCCCACACCAAGGAGUCCAUGGAAAUAUGCUCGGCUUGGUUCCAUCAGUGUGACAGAUACAACGACAUCGUGCUGUUAUUCAGCUCGACGGGAGAUAGGAACCCUGAAUGUUUACUGCGACCGCUGCUAGAUAUCAACUUCAAACGAGUUUACUUCGUCGUACCGACAGCUUAUAGGGAGACAAGUAAAAAUAACGACAAUUACUCGCCGGCCGCGCACAGCGACUUAUUAGCGAGGUGUCACGCGAACGCAGACGUCUGGAAACAGUACAACAGUUCACCGGUAACUGUUCUUGAAUGUGUAGCGGACGCGAUGGUAAGUAUCAAGAGAGAGAACGCCGGGUUACGUAAAUCGUCUGUGCUUGUAACAGGGUCUUUAUAUUUAGUAGGCGCCACGUUAUCCAUAUUGUUUCCCAUUAAGUAGUCUGGCGACUCCUAUCAUGGUUCAGAGCGACGAAUAUGGUUUUGCGUCUCAAAAAAUGUAGAAAAAAAUUACAAUAUAAACCACGCUUUGUUUGUACAUGUGAAAAACAACUGUGAUACAUUUCUGCUUUUGUUACUGCUACUUAAUAUGCUUAAGAUUCUCGUCGGACGAGGGUUGAUAUGAUUAUUCCAAUCAGUCGUCCUUUUCAUGUGGCUGUGACCUCAUAGGAUUCACCGGCUUCAUUUAUUAA